AAUUAUAUAAAUGUAUCACAAAUCUAUCAUGUUUAUCAAACCAUGAAGUACAGCCUUGAGUUCACCUCAAACUUUAUCCACCCUCAACACAAGCUCAAAUUUGAGUAUACAGAGUUCCCCUUCUGGUGUGAUGGCUGCAAAGAAAUCGGAAUCGGAUCAAAAUACAAAUGCAGCACAUGUAAUUAUCAUUUCCACAAGCACUGUGCCCUCCCCUGUGCAUCAUUUGUUCACCCUUUUUACACCAAGUGCUGUUUCCAAUUCCUGGAGCGCCCACCUGGCCUUGUGGAGCGCUACUGCAACGCCUGCCUCAAAAGGGUCUCGGGCUUCAUGUACCACUGCAGCUCGUGUGGAUUUGAUGUGCAUCCAUGCUGCGCAAAUCUUCCAAUGGUGCUGGAUGAUGGAGAACUGAAACUUGAGUUGCGCAGCAAGAUGAGCGCGGUGUGUUAUACGUGUGGGAAGAAAGGGAUUGGGAUAGGUUGGAGUUACAGGUCGACUUGCAAGAAGUAUAAUUUACAUGUGGCUUGCGUAAAGGGGAUGCUUGUAGAGGCUAGGCAUGAUUUGUAUAAUUGCGAGGGCGGGACAGUGAAGAUUAGUAGUGAUACAGGUAUUGAUGAAUUUAAGAAGUUGGACACAGGACUUCCAAGUUUGAAGGCGAUUCUGCACAAUUUUCACAAGAACAGCAUGAGAAUGCACACCUAGAGGGGAUGAACAUCUUGCUGAUUUUGAUUAAUAUGUAAUAAUAAUAAGUUCAUAUGAUGUUUAUGCAAUACAAGCAUGAGAAUCAAUUUAGAAAAAUCAUAAUCAAGUUAUAGCCUCUUAUUGGAAAAACUCUUCUGAGUAGCUUUUUCAAAAUAAGUUUUUUGAGUCCAAACCGCUAUUUCAAUCCACUUACUGCCAAAGACCCGAAACUGUUAUUUUAGGUCAGGUGUAAUUUAAGAGGCCAAGACAUGCAAAUUUAGUAACCAUCAUCGAAAAUGUGAUAUCCGCAGGAUUUGUGUCUACUAACUUGGGAUAAAAGAGAAGUCCUGACAGGUGAAAAGGAGAUAUAUGCAGCGUGCAAUUUGAUCAACAUUGUUAUCAUCGCAAUAUAGUAAAACUAUAAUAAGUUAAACUUGAAAAAAAUUGGAACCUUGUAUAUGUACAAAAGAAGAGCUAUGUUAUACUGGCUCUUCAAAACCACUCCAAGUACACUUAUUUCCAUAUAUCUCAGCCCUUCUCCCCCCUCUUCAAACACACACACACUCGUAGUACAAUGGGCAAUAUGUGCACUUCUUCGCACAUUACAAGAGAAAAUGGAGGCAUGAUGAAUUGGCCAUCUACAACCAAAGUAAUCCGUGACGAUGGAAAAGUCCAGGAAUUCAAAGACUCCAUAAAAGCCAGUUAUAUUCUCUCUCGAAACCCGAAUUACUUUCUAUGUAGUUCAGAGUCCAUGUACAUAGACUCCUGUGCGCAGCAGGUGCCCAUGGAUGACAUGCUGCAGCUUAGACAUAUAUAUUUUCUGAUCCCUUCGUCGAAAUCUUGUGUACCCUUUUCCUUGCAUGACUUAUGCUCCCUGGCGAUCAAGGCUAGUACAGCAUUAGAGCACACUGGUAGACGGGGUAAAAUUAUCGGGGUGAAACCUUAUCAGGAUUGUAAAGUUCAGGGGAAUAAGUAUAACAAUCCAACGCAUACCGGCCUCAAACCAGAAUGAGUUCUGAGGGUGAGAGUUCACGAUCACCUAUUUGAUGCUUCAUUAGUUUACGGAUUGCUUACAUUGUAUGUUUUCUGGUUUCUGUGUUGGUGUUUCGUCGCUAGCUGCUUAACUUUUUCUUGUACAGCUUCUUUGGCAAGUUUUGAUUGUAUUUUGAGUGUGUCAAUAUGUCCUUAAGACGGCUGAUUGAUUUUUAUUUUCUUCA